CCCCAGCAACAAUGAUCUUAGAGUUGAACUCUGCAUUUCAAACCUGACACUGCACAAGUGAGCAACGCACCUCUGGUCCUGACAGUCAACCUUUGCAAGCAGCACUAUGAGUGAAUCAGCAGAGGCGGUUUCUGCCAAUCUCACAAGCCGAAGAAAUGUCACCAUUGAGAUCACCAACCUCACCAACAAUUACUGCCUCAUUAACCCCAAGGUUUACCUGGAGAGCGGCGGCGUCCACGCCCCCCCCCAGCCCACCGUGCGGCCGCAGAAGACCGAGGUGUGCAACUUCGGUAAGACCAGCGCCAAAGCAACAGGAUCAGUGGGCGUACUGACCUACGAGCUGUUUGAGAGACAUAGCAAUUGCGCUAAAGAGAUAGUCGCAAUGAUGUUCUCUGUGCCUUACGACUACAACAUGUACAAGAACUGGCUGGGCCUGGGGAUCUACAACCAGGAGAAAGAGUGCAACAAGAAACUAUUCGAAGAAAUGUAUUACAACAAAGAGCAGCAAGGCUUUGUGCGGGAGGAGGCCAAAGGCAGCGGGCUCACCUUUGACGGUCCCAACCUGGACAUCAAGGCUACCAUGUCACCCAUGGGGAGGGCUAUUUUGAAGGUGGAGGUGUGGGACAAGCUCUUCUCUCCCAUGAUGCAACGCCCUUACUGAGCAGCUGAUACACUUUCACUUCAGAAUAAACCUGCUGUGUAGUGCUUGGCACUUUUAUACUUGUGCUCCUGUUACACCUGUUCAUGCAAUAAAUCCCUGAUGAGUCAAAACAUGAGUUUCAGUGAUCAUUACUCGGGAAAUAAAAUGCAAACUGGCAUGUUUAACGAGUCAUUGUUGCUGCAGUACGAUAUUGUUCAGGGGUGGACAUUAAUGUUCAACAUGGGCUCCAAUACUGUCCUUUUGAAUGGAAUCAUCUACAACUAUCGUGAAUUUAGAAGAACAAAGCUUAUGACUAAGAUAGUGUGAAC